CAGCUAUUGCUGACAAAACAGAAUAUGUCGGGAUAACAUAACAAUACGUGACUGGUAAUUGUUUAACCUUACGAUGGCCUCUCCCACAUGAUGCGCCAGAAAAUUGUCCCUUAGAAACUUUGACGCUGCAUUCUGGCCAGUUCCAUGUCACGGCUGCUGGCUCAGGGGCUUUUGGACAAAGGUCUAUUUAGCAGAGCAGGUAUAAAUGGAAGGGUCAAACCAAACAGGGGUACAGUUUGUCACAAGAGCAAAGAACAGCAAGCAGCUCCAGCAGCUCCAGCAGAAGCCCUACCAUCCAGCAAAAUGACCACCAGUGGAAUGAACAUGAUGAGCAAGAUCAUCUUCUACGAAGACAGGAACUUCCAGGGGCGUUCCUAUGAGUGCAUGAGCGACUGCCCUGACAUGUCCUCCUACCUGAACAGGUGCCACUCCUGCAGGGUGGAGAGAGGCUGCUUCGUGGUCUACGACCGCACCAACUACAUGGGCAACCAGUACUUCAUGAGGAGGGGAGAGUACGCUGACUACAUGAGCAUGAUGGGCAUGAGUGACUGCAUCAGGUCCUGCCGUAUGAUCCCCAUGUACAGAGGAAACUACAGAAUGAGGAUCUACGAGAGGGAGAACUUUGGAGGCCAGAUGACUGAGCUGAUGGACGACUGUGACAACAUCAUGGACCGUUUCCGCAUGUCCAACUGCAUGUCCUGCAACGUGAUGGACGGACACUGGCUGAUGUACGAGCAGCCCCACUACAGAGGCAGGAUGAUGUACUUCAGGCCUGGAGAGUACAGGAACUUCAUGAACUACGGCAUGAGCGGCAUGAGGUUCAUGAGCAUGAGGCGCAUCACUGACUCCUGCUACUAGACUCUUUGCACUAAAUAAAACUGUCACAACUUGA